AUGGCAGCCGUUGUUGACUGGUUUCGUCGCGCCCGCUCGGGGUAUGCGCCCCUUCCAGACGACGGGGCCGCCGACCGUGCCGAAAGCCAGACCGGCCACAACCGAUCUGCGGGCCAACAGCAUCUCGACCGCCCUGCCCGGAGCGACCGUACCCGGCGGGUCGUGAAGAUCGCCGGAAUCGUCCUAAUGGUGUCGGUCGUGGGCUCUCUGGCCGUGGUGUUGACACGAUCUCGUGGCGAGGAGUGCGAUAACUCCGAACAUGGCUUCCAGUGCGGCACGGCCGUUUCGCGAUCAUGGGGCCAGUACUCGCCCUACUUUUCCGUCCCGUCCGAGAUCGACCCCGGCGCCCCUGAAGGCUGCGAUAUUACCUUUGCCCAAGUCCUGUCCCGCCACGGGGCGAGAGCACCAACGCUGGGGAAAGCAAUUCACUACGCUGCGCUAAUCGACAAGAUUCACAAUGGCGCAAUCUACUAUAGCCCCGGCUUCGACUUCCUACGCAUCUACAACUACACCUUGGGGGCUGACCAGCUGACCCAAAUGGGUCAGCAACAGAUGGUCAAUUCGGGCCUCAAAUUCUACCACCGCUACCGGCCGCUCGCUCGCCAGUCUCUCCCCUUCAUCCGAACAGCAGGCCAGGACCGAGUCGUUCACUCGGCCGAGAAUUUCACACAGGGCUUUCACUCGGCCCUACUCGCCGAUCGCCGAUCCACCCUCCAUCCGACCCUCCCCUACGACAUGGUCAUCAUCCCCGAGACCGCUGGCACCAACAACAGCCUAAGCCAUGGCCUCUGCACCGUGUUUGAAGACACCCACUCGGGCCUAGGCGAUGCCGCGCAAGCUGAUUUCCUAUCCACUUUCGUCCCGGCCAUCGCCGCCCGUUUCAACACCAAGAUGCCUGGCACCAACAUCACCGAAUCCGAUGUCAUCCACCUAAUGGACCUCUGCCCCUUCGAGACGGUCGCAUCCCCCUCGGCCGACCCCCUCGCUCCCUUUUGCCAGCUCUUCAGUGCUGAAGAAUGGCGUGGGUACGACUACUUCCAGACUCUGGGCAAGUGGUACGGCUACGGCCCAGGUGGCCCACUCGGGCCAACCCAAGGGGUCGGGUUUGUCAAUGAGCUGCUAGCACGGCUCACGGGACAACCGGUACGGGAUGGGACGUCCACGAAUCGGACCUUGGAUGCGGAUGAGAAGACGUUCCCGCUCGGCAGGGCGUUGUAUGCGGAUUUCAGUCAUGACAAUGAUAUGAUGGGGGUUCUGGGGGCUUUGGGGGUGUAUGAUGGAGUAAAGUGGCUCGACAAUAGCACUCGGCAGGAGCCGGAGGAGAUUGGUGGAUUUGCGGCGAGUUGGGCGGUGCCGUUCGCGUCGCGGAUUUAUGUCGAGAAGAUGCGGUGCAAGCCUCGACACGCCGCGGCCGCGGAAGGUAAAGGAAGCCUUGAUGCGGAAGAGGAGAUGGUGCGGGUGUUGGUGAAUGAUCGGGUUAUCAAGUUGCGGGGAUGCGGUGCCGAUGAUAGGGGGUUGUGUACGCUGAGCAAGUUCGUGGAGAGCAUGUCGUUUGCGAGGCGAGAUGGGGAGUGGGAUAAGUGUUUUAUUUGA